CCGAUUGAACCGUCCCGUCAUACCUCGCGUGGCCAACGGCUCUCUCCACCGAAGGCUCGCUCAUUGAAUCACCGUACUCAGCCUGUUCAGUGCGAUUUAGGGAAAUAAUUUGGAGCAAACCAGGUCGGGGCAGCUCAUUAAACACCUGUUAUCCUCCACGGACUUCCCCGCCUUUCUGUUUAUCUGUCUGCGGCGGUGAGGCGUGCGUUCCUGGGCUCGCUGGCUGGGUUUGGUAGGGGAGGCAGGGGGAAGUACGGAGCUGGUCCCGAGCGAUGAUGGAGCUGGAGUCGGCCAGUAAUAGAGGCGAACUGGGAGCUGUAGGGGACUCGUUGCAGCCACAGACGCCCAGCAGGCACGAAAAGAGCUUGGGUCUGCUUACGACCAAGUUUGUGACUUUACUACAGGAGGCGAAGGACGGAGUGCUGGAUCUGAAAGCGGCGGCAGACACCUUGGCAGUGCGGCAGAAACGACGUAUCUACGACAUCACUAAUGUGUUGGAGGGAAUUGGACUAAUAGAGAAGAAGUCCAAGAACAGUAUCCAAUGGAAGGGUGUGGGUCCAGGCUGUAACACCAGAGAGAUAGCCGAUAAGCUGAUUGAUUUGAAGGCAGAGCUAGAUGACCUGGCUCUCAGAGAGCACGAGCUGGACCAGCAGAGAGUCUGGGUCCAACAGAGCAUCAAGAAUGUCACAGACGACUCGAACAACAGCCCUAUGGCAUACAUAAAACAUGAAGACCUCUGUGGAGCUUUCAAAGGUGACACACUCCUAGCCAUCCGUGCUCCCAUUGGCACACAACUAGAGGUCCCCAUACCAGAAGCUGUAAGUUAUGUCCUCAACGGACAGAGGAAAUACCAGAUCCGUCUCAAGAGUUCAUCUGGUCCCAUCGAGGUUUUGCUGGUCAAUAAGGACCCAUCCAGUGCCUCUCCUGUUGUUUUGCCUGUCCCUCCUCCAGAUGACAUCCUUCAAAAUCUCCCAGUGCCGACACCUACCUCUCAGCCGCCCACUGCUGCCUCCCAGGUCCCCAAAGCAGCUCUAGCAACUUCUACAAAACCUGGUUCUGUCACAACGUCAGCUUCAGCAGCUAACCAGACAGCGUCAGUGACAGAAAUGACAAGCACCACGCCACUCACCCCAACAACAGAUACACCUACAGCAGUCACUCAGCAACUACAGUCUUCUGCCUCGUUGGAUGGAUCAGCGUCUUCCUCUGCCUCUGCAGUAUUUGAACCAAUUAAGUCGGAUCCCUCUGACUUGCUGGACUUUCCCAAAGAACUCUCUGACAUGUUUGAUCCAACAAAAGAGAUCAUGAGCGGAGACCUGUUAGAGGACUUGAUGUCAUCAGAAGUGUUCUCGCCUCUCCUCCGUCUGUCCCCUCCACCCAGCGACCACGACUACAUAUACAACCUGGAUGAGACAGAAGGCCUGUGUGACCUCUUUGACGUCCCCAUUCUCAACCUCUGACCCCUGAAAUUGUCGUCACAGUGGGAUACACUUUCCCAAACACGCUAAUCUACCCCCCACUCCCCCACCCCACUUCCUCACCCCACUUGACAGUGAAGGUGAGAAGAGGUGCAAGAAAGCCAAACAUGAUCUGGUGAGCGUUAAAGGACACCUCUGCACUGAGUUCAAGCUGAGCUCAGUCAGACAGUAGCUCGAUGUACAGCCUUGUGAAGAAAUACAGGCGAGAGCAAAACAUUUUACUUACUGCUUUUCCAAGGAAAUAUAGUCAAAACAAAUGAAAAAUAAUUAUAUUUUUGGAUUGUUAUAUAUGAUAAAGCGUUGUGUAUCAGUUUUCCUGUGUGCUUGUGAGCGAACGCGUGUGGGCAUACUUGAGUGUGCUUGUGUGUCUGCGUGUGUGCUUGAGUUUUGUAUUGAGCCCUCUCUAAACAUGAGUCCGACGUCUCCAGGGGGGGAAAAAGAGAAACCAUUUUCGUAUCAGGUAAAGAGUCAUGGCAGACUUAACAGCCUUUAUCACCCGGCAGCUGCUCAUGCAUGGCUUGAAUGAGUCCAAACACAGCUGGUUGAAUAUGCACUGUCCUCAUGUACAUAAAGAAUAUAUAUUUUGUAUUACCAGCACUCAAAACUAUUGUGUAAAAACAUUUGUAACACAAGCAGAGCAAUAGUUUGCAAAUGAACAAAGGUACCAGACACAAAUAAUCAUACUGUAUGUAUGAAAUGCUUUGUUUUAAAUAAUGGGAAUUUGUCUUGAUCAAAUCUUUCAGUGUUGGAAGUGGUUUUGUGAAGCAGUUUAGAGAAAGAGGAUCCUAAUGUUGAGUUACUGGAUCUAAUAAACUGUUAUAUAAAAAGCCAAACACCAAAACAGUGUGUCGGGGAGGGAGUUAAAUGGUGAAAUUUUACAUCAACACUUUUUAGGUCAGCAAGGUACUUUUUAAAAUGUAUACUCUAAGAACCGCUUUGUGGCUACCUUCUACUUGAACUGGUUCAAUAUCAGCACUUCUACACUGAGAGGUCUCAUUGUAAAAAAAUAAAAUAACUGCUUUCAGUUUAAUUUUGCCUCUGGACUUUUGGACCUUGCAGAUUUUUAUUGGCUCUGAUUUAUCUAUAACUUAACUGGUGUAUGUCUGAGGAGUAGCUUCCCUCCCUCCCUCUUUAAAAUGAGUUCUGUGAUUGAUUGUUUCUCAAUUAUGUAUGCAUAUGAAUACCAUUGUACUCGGUUCAUUUGUAUGUAAAAGGACAUGUAUGUAUUUCUGAUGCAUUUUGUAUUGAUGCGGUGAAUAUUGUCACCGUGUCAUGAGAAAUGCUAUGUUGUUUGAUUGUUUCAUGAAAAAUGAAAUGUUUUUGCUUCUAUUUGUAUAUUUGGCACAGAUCCCUAUUCAAUAGUUUUUUUCCCUCCAAUGUUUGUUCUGUUUCUAGUAAAUGAAAUACUGCCUUUCACUAAAUUAAAAUUUUCAACUCUAAUCAUUCUCUCUGUGCAGGGGACAGGUGAGUAGCAGUUCAGGUUGAGUUGUUAAUAGACUGUUAAAGUACAUUUAUUCAUAUUUCUACAGUGCUUUGUUCUUGUUUUUGUGUAAUAUCCUGUUUUGCCCUGGAUGACGUGUAUCUAUGUAUGUACAGUAUGCACUGUGUAUAUCCCUCUCUACCGCUUGUAUAGAAUAGCAUUUAUUUUUUAUACCUGACAGAUAUAUUAUCACUGCUACUAAUUUGGAGCUACACGUCAUAUUUUAAGGAAGUUAGCCACAAAAUCUUCGGCGUUAUCAAAGCAUCCUGUCUCAUUGUUGCACUUUACAUCACUGUGGACAGAUUGGCUGCGACUCAUCCACUCCUUGAUCAGUAGCCGGGCAUUGUGUUUGGACGGUGUUGUGAGUUUGCCUAAUUCUUCAGUAGAGCAGCCAGGGAGUUCAACUGUACUGGGUUGAAUGGGUUGUCUGUGGGUGUGGGUGUGUCUGAGACGCAAUCCUACAGGCUGUUAACAGGUUCACUAUUGCUAAGCUGUAGUUGCAUCAAAUGAAACAAAAUAAACAAUUUGGUAUA